CUUGACGACCCCGUUAAGCCCUUCUCCUUGUAAUUCCUUCAGAGGCACUCCAUCACUGACGCUCCCAUCUCACUCCUACCUGUGCCGUCUUUGCACGAUUACGGAAGUCGGACCUUUCAUUUUAAACACUUGCGAAGGAAAAUAAUUUUGAAAAAAGAAAAAAUGGCCAGCAGCUUCACCAGAAUCCUGUCCUCCAAGCGUAACGUUGGAAUCCUCUCGGUGGUGGCGGGGGGCUCCAUAACGGCCGCUUUUCUCUUCAAACGGGAGCAUGUCAGCGCCGGCGGAGUACCGGUCCGCAGGAUAUACCCCGCAAGUGCAGAGUAUCCUGACCUGCGCAAACACAACAACUGCAUGGCAAGUCACCUGACCCCUGCUAUCUAUGCCAAGCUUUGUGAUAAAGCCACUCCCAACGGUUUCACAUUGGACCAAGCCAUCCAGACAGGUGUGGACAACCCCGGGCACCCAUUCAUCAAGACAGUUGGCAUGGUUGCAGGAGACGAGGAGUCAUAUGAGGUAUUUGGAGAUCUGUUGGACCCUGUCAUCACAGAGAGGCACAAUGGUUACGACCCCCGCACCAUGAAACAUCCCACUGACCUAGAUGCUAGUAAGAUCCAUUCGGGGCAGUUUGAUGAACGCUAUGUGUUGUCAUCCAGAGUGAGGACAGGCCGCAGCAUCCGGGGGCUCAGUCUGCCCCCCGCCUGCACUCGGGCAGAGCGUAGAGAAGUGGAAAGGGUGGUGAUAGAUGCCCUAUCUGGUCUCAAGGGAGAUUUGACUGGGAGAUACUACAGUCUGACCCAAAUGACAGAGAAGGAACAGCAGCAGCUCAUUGAUGACCAUUUCUUGUUUGACAAGCCAGUGUCCCCCCUCCUGACAUGUGCAGGCAUGGCUCGUGAUUGGCCAGAUGCUCGUGGUAUUUGGCACAACAACGAGAAGACGUUCUUGAUUUGGGUCAAUGAGGAAGAUCACACCAGGGUCAUCUCCAUGGAGAAAGGAGGCAACAUGAAGAGAGUCUUUGAGCGGUUCUGCAGAGGUCUCAAGGAGGUGGAGCGUCUGAUCCAGGAGAGAGGAUGGGAGUUCAUGUGGAAUGAGAGGCUGGGUUACAUCCUCACCUGCCCUUCCAACCUGGGCACAGGCCUCAGGGCUGGGGUCCAUGUCAAACUCCCCUUGUUGAGCAAAGAUCCUCGCUUUAGUAAAAUCCUGGACAACUUGCGUCUUCAGAAGCGAGGCACUGGUGGAGUGGACACCGCCGCUGUGGGUGGCGUGUUUGACAUUUCCAACCUGGACCGCCUCGGACAUUCUGAGGUCCAGCUGGUGCAGACAGUGAUUGAUGGAGUCAACUACCUUGUUGAGUGUGAGAAGAAGCUGGAGAAAGGCCAGGACAUCAAGGUGCCCCCACCCAUUAAGCAGUUCAAGUAGACACUAAUCCCCCCAUCUUUGCACACAGACCUCUGAACACACGUGCACAGAUACCCCACUGUCUGUCAUAGAUACCUAAAUAUCUAUGCGUUCCUCUCAUUUACUACUAUACCUAAUCACACCUUCCUGUUCAAUAAUAUAAUCUAUAAUUUAAUCUAAAUGUUAUUUGUAGUGGUUGUUCAAUUGAAUUCAGUUGGAGCUGCAGAAUGUUAGAGCUCAGAUCCUAAUCUGACUCCUGAGAGACAACAGUGGUUUGUUGGCAGAAAUGUUGUGGUGGUCAUGAUUGACUCCUCUGCUUGGCCAAACAAUAUCUACUGCUUUGCUCCAGACAAGUCCUUUUCCCACUAAACCCCAGCUUUACCCUGCCUCAUCCACGUCCCGCUGCAUGUCUGCACGCAGCCUGUCUCCUACCUUCCCUCAUGGUUAAUAUCUGGUGUUUAUAUAAUCUUUCCAUUUUUCGUUUUUUUCUCCAUAGUGCACUAUACGUAGAGAAUUUAUUUUCUCCAUUUUGAAUGGGUUUGAAUGUAGAAUUACCUUCCAAAAUAGGAUUUUGUGAAUGGUAAAGUACAGGUGAUGAAAUAAAAUGUUCUAACUCAUAAACAAAGUUCGAGUCUGAACCAGAAGCUUAUGAAGCAAUAUUGUAGGAGCUAUUACUGAAUGUCAAUCUGUCAUGUCUUUUAUUAUUAAAGAUAUCAUCUAUUUAACAA